CAGCAAUAGAAGAAGAAGAAGAAGAAGAAGAAGAAGAAGAAGAAGAAGAAGAAGAAGAAGAAUGGAAGCCCAAGGAGGAGAAGUGAGGCGUAUACACAUCGUUUACUUUCUGAGUCACAUGGGUCAUGUUGAGCAUCCCCAUCUUAUUCGGGUUCAGCAUUUCAACCGCAACAAUGGCGUCUACCUACGAGAUGUUAAAAGGUGGCUUGCGGAUUUGAGAGGAAAAGACAUGCCCGAAGCCUUCGCUUGGUCCUACAAAAGGAGGUACAAGACAGGUUAUGUUUGGCAAGAUUUGCAGGAUGAUGACCUUAUCACUCCUAUCUCAGACAUUGAAUAUGUUCUCAAAGGUUCCGAGAAUAUUGUCUCUACCUCUUUUGAUCAUCAUUCACACAGCGAAAACAAAGCUUCCAUAUUGAAAAGGCGGCAGCAGCAGCAGCAGCAGCAGCCUGUCGAAGUCCAUGCGGAAGACCAACCCCGGCAGCGACAUUCAUCGAAAGUAGUAUCAUUUGAAGGGCACCCUGAAACCAAUACCUCAACAGAUUUCUCUUCUGAAAUCAAUCAAGAGUCACCUUUAUUUGGCUCAGAUAGGUCAACAUUAACUAACGAGUCACUAAAGCUCGAAGCAGAGAUGCAUCAACAAGGUGAAAACCUCGGAGAUUCUUCCUUUUGUUCCUCACCACCGAGCAAGAAGAAUAAAAUGAAGAGCAGCAACAAGAAGGAAAAAGCGGAAAAGGCAUCGCCUUCUCCAUCGUCAUUUACAAAGAGUAAGAGCUAUUCGAGUGGAGCGUCGAGUAUGCUACGCAAUUUGAUUACUUGUGGUGCUGCGGAUACCAAUGAUGCUGCGUUGAUUAUGAUGAAUAGAGCUGACAAAAACAAAUCUUCCUUUAAGCCCAAUAUUGAGGCUGAGAUUCGUAAAGGAGAGAGAUUGGGAGGGUCUGCAAGGGUUUUUGGGACUACUUGGAAUCAACAACAGCAGCAAGAAAACCAUCAACAAAAACAACAGCAGCAGCAGCAGCACAAUACUUGGAAAAGCUAUUAUGAUGGGGGAGAGGAUUCACAGAAGAAGAAGCAGAGUGAAUUUCCUAAACAAAAAGCCAUUUCAAGUACUUACAAACCAAUGGCUUGGCCAAAUUGCUCACAAUGCAGAAAGUCGUUCAAGCCAGAAAAAUUGCAUUCGCACAUGCAGUCUUGUAAGGGAAUGAAGGCUUUGGUAAAGACUGCUACAGUCUCUACUGAGAAGACACCAUCCCAAGCAAAAGGAUCAAUGGCAUCUUCCCAUAAGGAAUCACCUUAUGGCUAUUUUUUGAUGAAUGAGUAGUACUGUAACUGUUUUCAGCUAAUUCUGUUUAUUUUUGAAUAUUAAGAGGGGCAAAAAGCCUUCAAUCCAAAAUCUUAAAGUUAU